AUGAAGUACUUCCAGCAAUCCGUCGACUUCGACUAUUCGUGGGAGGAAGUCUCGACAAGCAACUGGCAAAAGUACGGCCCUUGGAACGAAAAGACCCCACAUGUUAUUGCUGUCGACACAUUGUCUCGCUCAGUGGAUCCCAGCACAGGAAUUUUGCGCACAGAGCGCCUCAUUACAUGUCAACAAUCCGCACCAAAAUGGGUGACCGCCAUCCUUGGCGGUGUCGACACCUCCAUGGUCUACGAGACCUCCUACGUUGACCCCGUCGCCAAGAGGCUUACCAUGUGCUCGAUGAACAUCACAUGGGCCGAUCUGCUCCAAGUCCGCGAGACCUGCGUCUACACACCCAACCCCGCAACACCGACCAACAAGACCAGCUUCACACAACGCGCCGAGAUCACAGCAUUUUGCGGAGGGUGGCAGAAGAUCAAGAACAGCAUCGAGCAGUUCACCGUCGACCGAUUUCAGCAGAACGCACAAGCAGGCAAGGAGGGUUUCGAGAUGGUCCUUGAGCGCGCACGACAGGUCUUCCAGGAGCAGCGCGAAAUCCUCGCCUUGCAGCAGGGUAGCCGGAUCUUGAGGGAGGCAAAGAUGUAA